AUGAGUACUCCUUCUCAGCACUUACUGAUUGCAGAACGAGAUGCCCUCUUAUCCGAGCGCAAUGAAUUGCGAAACCAUGUUCAGCGACUCGAGUCUCAAGAACUUGUGGACAAAUAUGAUGCACUGCCCUUACUGAAUCGGGGCACUAGAUUGAAAUUCUUGCAAGAUUUCUAUCCGCUACUCAAAAUUCAUACAAUUGAUUAUCGCAAUAGCGAUGAACUGGAUGUCACCUCAACGGAUGCUUCGAAUGCACAGACCUCACCAUUCGGAAGCUUGUCAGAUUCACCGUUGAAACCAGCUAGAGAUUUUCAAAAUAUAAAUACUGUACAUGUUACCUUUUCCAUAGACUGUAUAUCAGUCUCCCUUCAAUACUCCACUGAAAACUCGCAAAUGACACAAUUGAAAAUAUUACGAAUAUCCCCAUUACAUUUGUCGAUGGAGGCCUUGAUUCGACAUUGUGAGAAAACACUGAACUUGUCAUAUUUUCUCUCGGGCUGUUAUGAGUUCAUUCGUAUAAACAACUUCAGGGCAGGUCUUUGGAGUGGGCUUAUUGACUCUCAAAGCUAUUUACAACCCCAAUUGAAGUCCCCGGAAUGCAUGCAGCUGACAUCACAAAAGACAAAGCUAGCACUUCAAAUAUCGUAUUGCAUUGAGUUUGACAGCUUGCCCUUCCCUGAUUCAAUCGUAAGUGUCAAGCUUUACUCUGAAAUGGAGGAAGUUCCGCACGCAAACGAUAUCUGCUCUUCUUUAAUUAAAGAGUAUGGUCUUGAGUACGGUCUUCGAGAGUUCAUACGGGCCGUGUUAUCCUAA